AUGGCAACAUCCACGGCCUAUCCGCGCAGUGGCUCCCCAUCACAAAACAAAGGCAACACGAAUGCAAGGAUACAUCCUCCCGUGACCAUCCUAGCUAUAUACCCUCUCACUCUACUCAUCGGAUCGAUAUACUCAGUAAUCUCUCCGACGGCGCGCUCAUCGCAAAACUUUGGAUCCGCCGGUCCCUUAACCCCGACCAUAGCAACGGACGUCAACGUCCCAACCGAACACCAGCCGAACCCCGUCAAUUAUUUCGCACGCAAAAAUAACAUUUUCAAUCUAUACUUUGUCAAGAUCGGAUGGGUGUGGAUCACAGCUGCGUUCCUGGCUUUGCUUCUUACGCGACCGUACUACACUCGAGUGCCAGGAAAUCUGCGCGGGAAAAGAUCGGUGCGGGCGUUUUUGCGCUAUACGAUUGUGACGUCUGCAUGGUUUCUGACGACGCAGUGGUUCUUUGGUCCUGCGAUUAUCGAUCGCAUGUUCGUGAUUACCGGGGGGAAAUGUGAGCGGCUACCUGCCGUGAUACCGGAUGAUACCUGGGAAGGGGUCAAGGUUAUUCUUACGGCGGCUGCUUGUAAAGCUUCUGGCGGAUUGUGGAGGGGCGGGCAUGAUGUAAGCGGCCACGUCUUCAUGCUGGUUUUGGGAAGUGCAAGUUUGGCUCUGGAGGCUUUGGGGACGUCGCCCUCAUCAGGAUCGAAUACAUCGGAGAGUGGUCAAGUUCAUGAUAAAGAUGGCUCCGAUGGGGAAAAUACGGCAGCAGGCGAUCCGAUUUCGAAAUAUUCUACCAAAUUCGUCUGGAUCGUUAUUGGAUUGAGCUGGUGGAUGCUCUUUAUGACUGCGAUAUGGUUUCAUACCUUGUUGGAGAAGCUAUCCGGCCUUCUGAUAUCCGUCUCCGUUGUGUAUAUUACAUACUUUCUCCCUCGAAACCUCCCGUCUUGGGCGGAUAUAAUCGGUAUCCCUGGGUAUGAGCCGGCCGUGCGGAUAGAAUAA